GCCCGCGAGAGCCCAGGUGUCGGCAGUAGCAGCAGCGUGUAUGAGGGAGUGUGGCGGCGGCGAGCCCGAGCUUGUGUGCGCCCUGACCGAGGCCGGCAUUCCCGCCCAGGAGCCCCCGGUGCGGGGGUCACGUGUCCGCCCGCUGAUUGGUGCCCAGUGAUCCAGUGUGCGCGAGACAGGCCGCGAGGUGCACGCUGAGAGGCCUUCCCCCUCCACACUCCUCCUCUCAGAGAGCCGCCCCGACACACCGGGCGCCGGAUACAUGCGGGGGGAGCUCGCCCUCCUCUGGAGAGGCCGCUAGAGGACCGUGCGAGGAGAAGAGUCAGGUAUAAUGGAGUUCCCUACCCAGCAGAAGCCCUCCGAUGGCAAAAUCAUCUACCCCCCGGGGGUGAAGGAGAUCUCAGAUAAGAUCACCAACGAUGAGGUGGUCAAACGUCUCAAGAUGGUGGUUAAAACGUUUAUGGAUAUGGACCAGGAUUCAGAAGAUGAAAAACAGCAAUAUAUGCCUUUAGCCUUGCACCUCUCGUCUGAGUUCUUCCUCAGGAAUCCAAAUAAAGAUGUCCGCCUGCUCGUGGCCUGCUGUUUGGCUGACAUCUUCAGGAUAUAUGCACCAGAAGCACCGUACACCUCACAUGACAAAUUAAAGGAUAUAUUCUUGUUUAUAACAAGGCAAUUGAAAGGUCUAGAAGACACUAAAAGCCCACAGUUCAACAGAUACUUUUACCUACUUGAGAACUUAGCGUGGGUCAAAUCUUACAACAUUUGCUUUGAGUUGGAAGACUGCAAUGAAAUUUUUAUUCAGCUUUUUAAGACCCUCUUCUCUGUUAUAAAUAACAGCCACAACCAGAAGGUACAGAUGCACAUGCUGGAUUUGAUGAGCUCCAUUACUAUGGAAGGUGAUGGGGUGACACAGGAAUUGUUGGAUUCCAUCCUUAUAAAUCUCAUCCCUGCCCAUAAGAAUUUAAACAAGCAAGCAUUUGAUCUUGCCAAAGUACUUUUAAAGAGAACAGUUCAAACUAUUGAGCCAUGUAUUGCAAACUUUUUUAACCAGGUCUUGGUGUUAGGAAAAUCAUCUGUCAGUGACUUGUCGGAGCAUGUAUUUGAUCUCAUUCAAGAACUAUUUGCAAUCGAUCCAAAUUUGUUGGUUUCCGUAAUGCCACAGCUUGAAUUUAAGUUAAAGAGUAACGAUGGAGAGGAACGACUGGCUGUUGUACGACUUCUAGCAAAGCUAUUUGGUUCUAAAGAUUCAGACUUGGCAAAUCAGAACAGGCCUCUAUGGCAGUGCUUUCUUGGACGGUUUAAUGAUAUUCAUGUUCCUGUCAGACUGGAAAGUGUCAAAUUUGCUAGUCACUGUUUAAUGAACCAUCCUGACCUGGCUAGAGAUCUCACAGAGUUUCUGAAGGUGAGGUCACACGAUCCUGAGGAAGCAAUUCGCCAUGACGUUAUUGUGACAAUCAUCACAGCUGGGAAGAAGGAUCUCUGUCUAGUAAAUGAUCAGCUGCUUGGCUUUGUACGUGAGAGAACACUGGACAAGAGGUGGCGAGUCAGGAAAGAAGCAAUGAUGGGCCUUGCUCAGCUGUACAAAAAGUAUUGCCUGCAUGCUGAAGCUGGGAAGGAAGCUUCUGAGAAAGUGAGCUGGAUAAAGGAUAAACUUCUGCACAUAUAUUACCAAAACAGCAUUGAUGACAAGUUACUUGUAGAAAAGAUAUUUGCCCAGUUUAUUGUACCACACAAUCUUGAAACAGAAGAAAGAAUGAAAUGUCUCUAUUACCUGUACGCUAGUCUGGAUCCAAAUGCUGUGAAGGCACUGAAUGAAAUGUGGAAAUGUCAAAAUAUGCUAAGAAAUCAUGUUCGGGAAUUAUUAGAUCUACACAAGCAGCCAGCAUCUGAGGCAAACAAUUCAGCCAUGUUAGGAAAAUUAAUGACCAUAGCAAAAAAUUUACCUGACCCUGGAAAAGCACAAGAUUUUGUGAAAAAGUUCAAUCAAGUUUUGGGUGAUGAUGAGAAGCUUCGGUGUCAGCUUGAGUUGCUCAUAAGCCCAACCUGCUCAUGUAAACAAGCGGAUGUUUGUGUGAGAGAAAUUGCCAGAAAACUUGCUAACCCUAAGCAACCAACAAAUCCAUUCUUGGAAAUGGUGAAGUUCUUGUUGGAAAGAAUAGCUCCUGUACAUAUAGAUUCAGAAGCAAUCAGUGCAUUAGUAAAGCUGAUGAACAAAUCCAUUGAGGGUACUACAGAUGACGAAGAGGAAGGUGUGAGUCCUGAUUCUGCAAUUAGAGCAGGAUUGGAACUUCUAAAGGUACUGUCCUUUACCCAUCCAACCGCAUUCCACUCAGCAGAGACAUACGAGUCUUUCCUCCAGUGCCUUCGUAUGGAUGAUGACAAAGUAGCAGAGGCAGCUAUCCAGAUAUUUCGUAACACAGGGCAUAGAAUAGAAACAGAUUUGGCACAAAUAAGAUCGGCGCUUAUUCCAAUUUUGCAUCAGAAGGCCAAGAGGGGUACGCCUCAUCAAGCAAAGCAGGCUGUACACUGCAUCCAUGCUAUAUUCUCUAAUAAAGAAGUGCAACUGGCUCAGAUCUUUGAGCCCCUCAGCCGAAGUCUCAAUGCGGAUGUGCCUGAACAGUUAGUAACGCCUCUUGUAUCUUUGGGUCACAUUUCCAUGUUGGCGCCUGAUCAGUUUGCUUCACCUAUGAAAUCAGUUGUGGCAAACUUCAUUGUGAAAGAUCUGCUAAUGAAUGACCGGACCAGCGGUGAUAAGAAUGGCAAGCUCUGGUCCCCUGAUGAAGAAGUUUCACCAGAAGUCCUCGCUAAAGUGCAAGCAAUAAAGUUACUAGUGCGUUGGUUGCUGGGUAUGAAAAACAAUCAGUCAAAAUCUGCAAACUCUACUUUGCGAUUGCUCUCGGCUAUGUUGGUCAGUGAAGGAGACCUGACAGAACACAAAAAAAUAAGUAAAUCCGAUAUGUCACGUCUGAGGCUGGCAGCAGGUGGUGCCAUUAUGAAGUUAGCACAGGAGCCUUGUUACCAUGAAAUCAUCACACCGGAGCAGUUCCAGUUAUGUGCAUUGGUUAUUAAUGAUGAAUGCUACCAAGUUCGACAGAUAUUUGCACAGAAGCUGCACAAGGCGCUGGUUAAACUUCUGCUUCCACUUGAGUAUAUGGCUAUCUUUGCACUUUGUGCCAAGGAUCCAGUGAAAGAAAGAAGAGCACAUGCCAGGCAAUGCUUGCUCAAAAACAUAAGUAUACGGAGGGAAUACAUAAAGCAAAACCCAAUGGCAACUGAAAAGCUUUUGUCGUUACUGCCUGAAUAUGUUGUACCAUACAUGAUUCAUCUUCUGGCUCAUGAUCCAGAUUUUACUAAACCUCAGGAUGUUGAGCAACUCCGUGAUAUCAAAGAGUGCCUUUGGUUCAUGCUUGAAGUUUUAAUGGCAAAGAAUGAAAACAACAGUCAUUUAUUCAUGCAGAAAAUGUGUGAGAGCAUCAAACAGACUCGGGAUGCCCAAUCUCCUGAUGAUCCUAAAGCAAAUGAAAAAUUGUAUACGGUCUGCGAUGUGGCUCUUUGUGUUAUAAACAGCAAAAUUGCGAUCACCCUUGCCGAAGCACCCAAGGAACCUAUGUUACCAAGUCGAUUUUUUACGCAGCCUGACAUGGACUUCUGCAAUGACAAGAGCUACAUAAGUGAAGAGACAAGGAUACUUCUAUUAACGGGAAAGCCAAAACCGACAACUGUCCUUGGUGCACUGAACAAGCCUCUCUCUGCCACUGGCAGGCGGCCUUAUCAAAGGAGUUCUGGUACUGAUGCUGUAAUCAAUACAAUUAUCAUUUCCGAAUCAGACCCUAAUGUUCUUUUGCGGCAAAGGGAUCAGAGUUUAGAAGUAUCUGAAAUUGGUGUAAGUGAAAAUGAGGAGCAUCCAGUUAGAAUGAUCUCCGCCACGCCAGUCAAAUGUGACGUGGUCAAGAGCAAGGAGGUGAUUUCUGAUCCGAUAGCUACGCCAAAUAUUGGUACAGAAAGAGGGAAAAAAAGACCCGCAGCUUCACCAGGGACAGAAAAUAUCCAUAAAGAGACUGAGGACAAAAAGGCAGAUGAUGUAGUUCCCACAGCACCACCCAAGCCUAGAAGAGGACGGCCACCAAAGUCAGAGUCUCAGGGCAGUGCAGCAAAAAAUGAUGACUCAAGCAAGCCGUCUGGACGAGGACGUAAGAGGGCAGCAGCCAGUCAAGCAAGUGCCCCUGGGAUGGAGGCAGGUAAUGCAAAGGUACCAAAACAGCAAGAUCUUACAGCCAAAAAAACAGCACAAAGACAAAUGGAUUUACAAUCUUCCCGCAGCCUAUGUCUGGGCAGUGAAGGAGAUACCCUGUGGGAGAUAGACUCCAGUCCAGGAUAUCCAGCUAGUGAAGCAGAGCUAUUUAGUGCAUGUGAGAGCAGCCAGGAGGCAGAAGAGAGAGGUUUCCUCCAGGUAAAAAGAAAGAUCCUGAACAAAAGGCAGAAGUGACUGUCCGUAACCAGGCAUGCUCCACACUUCAAGACUGAAUUCCGUUUUUUAUUCAGAAGAUAAACUUGCUUCAAACAUGAACUGCUUUCUACUUUUAACAAAUACAAAAAAAAAAAAAAAACUGAAAUGUAGUCUUCAGCAAGCCCAAUGAAUUUUGAAAACUUUUUUUUUUUUUGUUUCCAUCCAUUGAAAUCUCACUAUGGUGGUUGUUGGGUCUCCUUGACGCCGUGUCUGCUGUAUCCUGCUGUACAAGACAAAGCCAGAAGGUGCUGAUGUGACUCUCCAGCCUCAUGAAUCUUGACCCUGCACAUAGGACUCGUUGUGAAAACAGAUUGUACUGUUUUCUGCUGGUGUACAUAGAGGGAAGGCACAGCCGGAAGGAAUGUGUGGAAUUAAUGAAUUAGAAAAACUGUUUUAUGUAAAAAUAAAUGUGCUACAAGUCUACUUUUUAAAUAGAAUGAGAUGUACAGCCCCUCACCCCUGACCAACCCCAUGAGACGAUAUCAUGUCCCACUUAUCUCUCUGCACUAAAUAGGAGAGGGAGUCACCAUUUAAUUUUUAAUUAUUAUUUUUUUUGCAGACAUUUCAUUAAUGCCAUUCUUUCACCCCCUUUGUUCUGGAUUAAAAUUUAGGUAAAUGUACAUAUAUAUUUUUUUCUUUUAAAUACCAUAUAUCACUUCUCGUAAAACGCCAUUUUGAUAAAAUGCUCAUGUUGGAAUACUGUAUUGCAUAAGCAACACAGUCCGGCACUUGAUUUUAUAAUGUUGGUUGCCAGAUUUUUAAUAACAAUAUAAAACAUUUUUCAAAAUUCCUCUUUUUUGUUUUUUUUUCUUGUUUGUUUUUAAGAAAAUGGUUGCGUUAGGCAGCUGUAUACCGGAAACGGAAAUGCUGGCUGUUUUUUUUUUUGUUUUUUUUUUUUUUAAGGUGUUUUGCGGUUCUAAAGUCCAUGUUUCUUGUUUGUGGCAGAAUAUUUUUUUAUUUUAGAUAAGUGUGCACUCUGCAUUUUGUCAAAGGAUUAGUGGACACGUAAGUGUUGCCCUAAUGCUGCCCGUGCACCUUGUAUGUACACAUGAUCAUAUUUAAGUUUUGUUGCAUACAAUAAACGCUUUUAGGUGUC